AUGGAUGUUGCUACCGCGACUGCAGAGAAUGCCGGGGAGACUGUGAAAGACGAGUUGGCGGACAAGUGCCAGAAGUUAUUCCAGGCUUUUUUGGACGAGUUUCAGACCGCCGAUGGAGAAGUGAAGUAUGUCCGAGAGGCUGAGGAGCUCAUCCGGCCUGAGAGGAACACACUGCUGGUUAGUUUUAUUGACCUCGAGGCCUUCAACCAGGAGCUGGCAACCACCAUCCAAGAGGAGUAUUACAGAGUGUACCCUUUCCUCUGUCGGGCCGUCCGCAAUUUUGCAAGGGAACAUGGGAAUGUUCCUCUCACAAAAGAAUUCUAUGUGGCCCUUGAAGAUUUGCCUGCUAGAAACAAGAUUCGUGAGUUGUCAUCCAUACGCAUCGGCACCCUGGUGAGGAUCAGUGGUCAGGUUGUGAGGACGCACCCGGUCCACCCUGAACUGGUUAGCGGCACUUUCCAGUGCAUGGACUGUCAGGCGGUGAUCAAAGAUGUCCCUCAGCAGUUCAAGUACUCCCCGCCCACCAUCUGCCGUAACCCCGUCUGCAACAACCGCUCGCGCUUCCACCUCGACACGCAUAAGUCCAAAUUCAUUGACUUCCAAAAGGUGCGCAUCCAAGAGACGCAGGCGGAGCUGCCCCGUGGUUCCAUCCCACGCUCCCUGGAGAUCGUUCUCAGAGCUGAAGCAGUGGAGACCGCUCAGGCAGGAGAUCGAUGUGACUUUAUCGGCACGCUCGUUGUGGUGCCAGACGUCUCGCAGCUCAGCACUCCUGGUCUGAGAGCAGAGACCAGUAACAGAGUAGGCGGACCUCAGCGCUCCGAGUCGGAAGGUCUGAGGGGUUUGAAAGCUCUUGGAGUCCGAGAGCUGUCGUACAGGUUGGCCUUUUUGGCCUGUAAUGUCACUCCCACUAACCCACGGUUCGGAGGCAAGGAGCUGCGAGAGGAGGAGCAGACUGCUGAGAGCAUCAAGAGCCAGAUGACGGAGCGAGAGUGGGAGAAGGUGUUUGAAAUGAGUCAAGACAAGAACUUGUAUCAUAACCUGUGCACAAGCCUCUUCCCCACAAUCCAUGGCAACGAUGAGGUGAAGCGCGGUACUCUGCUGAUGCUGUUCGGGGGCGUCCCAAAGACCACGGUGGAGGGGACUUCACUAAGAGGCGACAUCAACGUCUGUAUUGUUGGGGAUCCCAGUACUGCCAAGAGCCAGUUCCUCAAGCACGUGGAGGAGUUCAGCCCCAGAGCUGUGUACACCAGCGGCAAAGCUAGCACCGCUGCAGGUUUGACUGCCGCGGUGGUCCGAGAUGAAGAAUCCCAUGAAUUUGUCAUUGAGGCUGGAGCUUUGAUGCUGGCUGAUAAUGGUGUAUGCUGCAUUGACGAGUUUGACAAGAUGGAUGUCAAGGACCAGGUGGCCAUCCACGAGGCCAUGGAGCAGCAGACCAUCAGCAUAACGAAGGCUGGAGUCAAGGCUACCCUGAACGCUCGUACAUCCAUCUUGGCGGCCGCCAAUCCAGUCAACGGGCGCUAUGACCGUAGUAAGAGUCUGAAACAAAACGUCAACCUAAGUGCCCCCAUCAUGAGCCGUUUUGACCUUUUCUUUAUCCUGGUGGACGACUGCAACGAGGUUACAGACUACGCCAUCGCCAGGCGUAUCGUAGAUCUUCACUCGCGUGUGGAGGAAUCUGUGGAUAGGCUGUAUUCUUUGGAUGAAAUCCGGCGAUACCUGCUGUUUGCGAGGCAGUUCAAACCUAAAAUUUCCAGUGAAUCCGAAGAGUUCAUCGUGGAGCAGUACAAGCGUCUCCGCCAACGGGACGGCUCAGGUGGCGUGACCAAGUCAGCCUGGAGGAUCACUGUGCGGCAGUUGGAAAGCAUGAUCCGCCUUUCUGAGGGGAUGGCCAGGAUGCACUGUUGUGAUGAGGUGCAACCCAAGCAUGUGAAGGAAGCCUUCCGUCUUUUGAACAAGUCCAUUAUCAGAGUAGAGACACCUGACAUCAACCUGGAGCAAGAUGAUGAACAGGAAGAGGAGGAGGAGCUUCCUGAGCAAGGAAACAUCCCUAAUGGAGUGAAUGGUGAGGUCAAUGGAAUAAACGGGCACGUCAAUGGUGUCGAGGGUCUUGUCAACGGUGUGAACGGGCACGCUGAGGCCGGAAGUCGGCUCAAACCAUCCCUCCGUUUGUCUUUCGCCGAGUACCAGCGCAUCUCCAAUUUGCUCGUCUUGCAUCUACGCAAAUCAGAAGAAGCUGAGGAGGAGGAAGAACUGAAGAAAAACGCUGUGGUCAACUGGUACCUGAAGGAGAUCGAGUCAGAGAUAGACUCUGAGGAGGAGCUCAUCAAUAAGAAGGGAAUGAUCGAGAAGGUCAUCCACAGGCUGGUGCACUUUGAUCAUAUCCUCAUCGAGCUUUCUCAAUCAGGCCUUAAAGGCUCCGAGCCCUCUGGCACUGAAGAAGAGGUGGUUCUGGUCGUCAAUCCCAACUACACCCUCGAAGAUUGA